GAGAACUCCAAUCAAUUUUCAAGCUCCAAGUAUGUUGUUGUACAUGCACGCUAAAUUCUUAUUUUCAGACCAAUUAUUGUGUUUCCUUCCAAAACAAUUCCAAGAUCCACUUUCUCAACUUUUCAAUCAUGAUUGUCCACAUUUCUUCGAUGAAACCCCGGAGAUUCCAAAGACUACAAAGCGAGGAAAAGGGGUUUGGCUGAUUGGUAAAGGUAUUGCUAUUUGCCAUCAGUUGGUCUAUUUUUGACGGAAAAAAUGGCGCUGGAAUUGGUGGGUGGAGCUGUUUUGGGCGCCGUAGUUGGGGAGCUGUUCAAAGUAAUCUUGGAUUUGGGCGAAAGGGCCAUCAAUUUCAGUCCUGUUCUUAAGAAUAUCAGUUUCAAGCUAAAAGCUAUAAUCCCUUUGGUGAACCAAAUUGAUGAGAUUAAUGAGUUUCUCGAUUACCCAAAAGAAGAAACAGAGAAAUUGAGGGAUCUAAUGGAUGAAGGGAGGCGGCUACUUCUCCAGUGCGGCGAUGUGAAAUUGGGGAAUCUUGAUUAUCUGAAGAAACCAUUUUACACCAAAAAGCUUCGCGACUUGGAUACUGAACUCCGAAGCUUCAUGGACGUUUUGAUGCUCCAGAUGUCUAGAGACCAGAAGAGGAACUUGAAGUUGAUGAACCAACUUAUGGAGAUUCUCUGCAGAAUCGAUAGCAGAGGUGGGUCGAGCAAGCCAGUGGAUUUCAUAGUAUCUCCAUGUCUGGUUCCUCAACUGCAAGAAGAAACUGUUGGGUUGGAGAAACCAGUUAAAGAGUUGAAGGUCAAAAUUCUCAAAAACGAGGUUCGAAUGUUGGUUGUGACAGCUCCUGGGGGCUGUGGAAAAACCACACUGGCCUUGAGGUUUUGCCAUGACAAAGAAGUCAAAGAUAUAUUCCAGGGGAAGAUCAUCUUUGUUGCAGUUUCAAGAAAACCAGACUUGAAGCUCAUAAUGAAAAACAUAAUUGAAAGCCUCAGAGGCAUUCAAUUGCCUGAUUGGCAAAGUGAUGAGCAUGCAUUCUGCUAUUUAGAAUUGUGGCUGAAGCAAACAAGCCAAAAACCUAUAUUGAUUGUGCUGGACGAUGUGUGGAAUGGGUUAGAAUCAGAAUGCCUUCUUGAUAAGCUUUCUCAAAUGCCUUGCUGCAAGAUCUUGGUCACUUCAAGGUUUUCUUUCCCAAGAUUUAGUGAGUCUUAUUAUUUGGAACCUUUGAACCAUGAGAACGCAAUCAAACUUUUUCGUCGCUCAGCAUCAUUGGACAAUGGAAGUUCUAAGCUCCCUGAUGAAGAAACUUUAGAAAAGGUAAUUGGGGGAUGCAAGAGACUCCCUCUUGCACUGAAGGUAAUCGGAAGAUCACUUUCCCGCAGACCGACAUCGGUUUGGAGAGUUACAGGGAGGAAUUUGUGUAGAAGUGGCUCCAUAUUUGAUUCUGAGAAAGAGCUUCUUGAAUGCCUGCAGAGCAGUCUGGAUGUGUUGGAUGAUAAGAUGGUGACUAAGGAGAGUUUCAUGGAUUUAGGUUCUUUUCCUGAAGACCAGAGAAUUCCUGCUUCUACCUUCAUUGACAUUUUCACAGUUUUGUAUGGAGAAGAUGAAAAUGAAGCAAUGGUCACCCUCCAUGAACUAUCCUCUCGGAGUCUACUUAAUUCUGCCACUACAAGAAAAUAUGAUGAUGAGUUCUACGAAGAGCAGUUUUUUAGUCAGCAUGAUAGUCUUAGAGAUUUGGCUAUCUACUUGAUGAAUAUAGAGCCCAUAGAGCAAAGAAAAAGAUUGUUCUUGGAGAUGAAUGGAAAUGAUUUCCCUAAAUGGUGGGUAGAACAAGAGAAGCAUCCCUCCAAUGCCCGUCUGAUAUCCAUAACCACAGAUGAGAGAUUCUCAUCAAGUUGGCCUGACAUGGAAGCACCUAAAGUGGAGGUUCUGAUUCUUAAUCUUCAGUCAAGAACAUACAACUUGCCCGGGUUCAUCAAGAGAAUGAAUAAUUUGAAAGCUCUAAUCAUCACAAAUUUUGGGUGUUUUCUAACUGAGGUGACAAGUGAAGAUAAUCAACCAUUCAACCGUCUGCAAAAUCUUGAACGAAUCAGGUUCGAGCGAAUUUCAGUACCUCGCUUUCGUAAUAAUCAGAACCUGAGACCACUGAGAAAUCUGCAGAAAAUAUCCUUCGUGAUGUGCAAAUUUGGUAAAACAUUCAUCAACAUUUCAAGCCAAAUCUCGGAAUUGUUACCCAACUUGGUGGAGAUUUCCAUAGACUUAUGCAACGAUUUGAGUGCAAUCCCCAAUGGGGUGUGUGACAUUGUGAAGUUGCAAAAGCUGAGCAUUACAAAUUGCCAUGGACUAACUUCGUUGCCACAAGAUCUUGGAAAGCUGAUUAAUCUAAAAAAGCUGAGGAUUAGAUGUUGCAUAUAUCUAUCAGAGUUGCCGGAGUCGACGACGAAGCUUCGGGAAUUAGUCCAUCUUGAUAUAUCACACUGUCUUGAUCUUGUCAAGCUUCCUGAGAAGAUCGGUGAAUUGCAUCGAUUAGAAAAGCUCGACAUGAGGCACUGCACGAGCUUGCGCAAGCUGCCAUCGUCGAUCAGAAAUCUGAAAAAUUUGACCCUUCUAUGUGAUGGAGAUAUUGCAGAGUGGUUGAAAAUGGUUGCACCCCGCCUUGGGAAACAGGUGAAAGUGCAAGAGGAAGAAGCCAACCUGGAUUGGCUAUGUUUAUGACCCAUUCCAUUCUUUCAUUUACUACAUUUAAAAAAAGUGUUAAAUAAUUUAAUAAACCAACGAUUGUAAUCGUUUGUUGGGCUGGGCCUACAUAACCCACUGUUAUUUGCAUUUUGGGCCAAAUGGUGGGUUUCCUUUUAGUAAUGGGCCGGAUUUAAAUAUAGCCCAUUGGUAGGU